CUUGCACUUUGCAUAUAAAAGUAUCUUUCCUUUGUAGUUUCAUAAGUAUGUAACCCAAACAAUGGAACAAUACAAAGGUUCAGAAGUAGACAAGUACAGAUGUUUCAUGAGUGGAGAAAGUGAGAAGAACACGACAUGGAGGUUGGGUGUACCCCCUAACUUUGAUGUAGUCAACAAACUCUUUGAAGAAGGCAGAACCAAGAAAUGGCCAACAGGUUCAUUGGAAGAGCAAGUUCAAAACCUGGUUAAAACAUGGGAAAUGGAGACAUUCCACAAAAUGAAACCCGGAGAUUUUAAAACUGUUGACAUCACAAAGUUAACACUUAGCGUAAAUGGUAGGAAACCUUUGACACCAGCAGAUGUUGCUAAGAUAGGCGGAGGAUACAACAUGUUCAUGCAAACUUCGUUGCCGGACAAUCUACGAAUGUAUAAUCCUAAAGAUGAAACUGUGGAUACAGCACAUAAACUCUUCACCACCACAUUUCCUCGCGGUUUUGCGGUGGAGAUUCUUCAGGUUUACUCUGGUCCACCACUGAUUGCGUAUAAAUUCAGGCAUUGGGGUUACAUGGAAGGUCCAUUUAAAGGUCAUCCAGCUACUGGUGAAUUGGUAGAAAUGUUUGGUGUAUCCACAUUGCAGUUGGAUGAAAACUUCAAAAUCGUGAAGGUGGAAUUCUUCUACGACAGAGGAGAGCUGCUCGCGGGUCUAAUGAAGGGCAGUGCAGUGACGGCCACGGGAGAGUCCAUCACUAAUAUGGGGACUUCAAGCUGCCCUUUUUCUUAAAAGAUGAUUCAAACUUGGUUAAUUUCAUUUGAUAUUUUACAGGAUUGAAAUAAACAACUUUAUGCUAUCUUUUACUAUCCUAUAUUCUGCCUUUUUUAUAAA